AAAUAGAAUGAAGCCCUACUGCAGCAAUAGGUUGGCAGAGAUGGUUUAUCUUGCGCUCAUUUUAUCUUUACUCUUCACGGCCUCUGCUCUUAGAGAAGAUACUCUUAAAGGUUUUCAACCAAAGUGGGAAACCUCUGGUCCUGUGGAGUACAUCUCGGGCGGGAAGUACUUUCUAGCUUUGAACGGCGUCCAUGCUAUUAGGCUUGGGCAUGAGGCAUCGAUUUCUCAGAAAAUCCAUGUGAAGAAAGGAACUAUGUAUGCACUUACAUUUGCAGCGUCAAGAAGCUGUGUGCAAGAAGAGGUGCUGAGGGUGUCUGUGCCACCUGCAUUAGGGGACAUUCAUAUGAAGAGUCUGUAUAGUACCAAUGGCAGUGAUGUUUAUGCUUGGGCCUUCAGAGCAACUUCUGACUUUGCCAAGGUGACCUUACACAAUCCUGGAAUGCAAGAAGAUCCUGCUUGUGGACCGCUUAUCAAUACUGUUGCUAUCAAGGAACUUUUGCCUCCCCUGCUCACUACAAAUAACUUGGUCAAAAACAGUGGUUUUGAGGAGGGCCCUCACCAUAACUUAAUAUAUGCUUCAGAUGGGAUCAUACUACCUCCCAAGCAAGAAGAUUUGGAAUCCCCACUUCCAGGAUGGAUCAUUGAAUCGCUAAAAGCGGUCAAGUAUAUCGAUAGAGCUCACUUCCAUGUCCCCUCAGGUCAGGCAGCCAUAGAAUUGGUAGCAGGGAGAGAGAGUGCUAUCGCGCAAAUCAUCCCAACAGUCCCAAAAAAGAAGUACACACUUACCUUCAGUGUUGGAGAUGCAGGUAACGGUUGCCUUGGAGAUAUGAUGGUUGAAGCAUAUGCAGGAAAGCAUGCCUUCAAAGUUCCAUUUACAUCUGCAGGAAAGGGAAACUUCAAGACCGUAAGCUUUCAGUUUAUAGCAUUUGGCAUCAGGACAAGGUUAACAUUCUUCAGCUCCUUCUACCAUACUCGGGUGGAUAAAUCUGGAGGUCUCUGUGGUCCAGUUAUUGAUGAAGUCCAAGUCCCCCCUGUUGCAUAGAUCUAAAUAUAUCAUCAUCAAAACUACAAUACUAGUUUGUGAUGGUUAUAAGAAUGUUUGAACUUGAAAACUUUUCAUUUACACAUCGCUUUGAGGACUGAAUACUAUGAAGUACAGGUUGCA